CUGCCCCCGGGAGGCUCUACACAAUCUUCGCAGUGUUUGGGGCUAUUUUGCAAUUUUUUUUAGAGGAGGGUUUGUUUUUUCUUUCUCCGCCCUUAUUAUCAAACAAAGAGCUGCGGUUGUGCCCCGGCGCUUCGGGGGGCCGAGGGCGGCGGCGGCCCCGCCCGGCUGGAGAGAAUGCAGGUGGAUGACGGCGCGUCUGGGGACCGCAGACACCUUGAAUGACAGCGAAUUCUCGCUCCAGGUUUCCAGCGGGAACCUGCCCCGCACGGUCGCCCGGUUUUCCCUAGAGAAUCGUGGAAGGGGCUCGGCCGCAGGAGGCGCUUCAGGACCCGGGCUCCGGCCUGCCGAGCACGUCGCCCAGAGCAGGCCGAGGCGGGCGGCGGAGGGACCGGGCGGUCGGCCGAGACCCGGCUCCGAGCCGCCGAGGGCUCCCCGCGGGCCCGGCUGCCCGGGCGGCGUCCGGCCGGGCGGGCACCACGUGGAGCGCACCAGCUGCGCCCAGAUGUGCCCGCCGCCCGCGGUCCCGCAGGCCCCGCGGAGAGGCUCCUGCGCGCCCCAAGGCCCCGCUCGCCCUCCCAGCUCGCGGCUCGUCUAAAGGGAGACCCCGGCCCGCCGCGCGGGGUCCCGGAGCGUCCCUCCAGGGGAAACGCCGCGCAGGAGGUUUGUCCCCGCGCGCGCGCCGUACCGCGCGGCCCCGGCGCUGGGGAAAGCGCGCGGCGGCGAUGGGCGAGACCAUGUCGAAGAGACUCAAGUUGCACCUGAGCGGGGAGGCUGAGAUGGAGGAGCGCGCGUUCCCCAACCCCUUCCCGGACUACGAGGCCGCGGCCUCCACCGCGGCGACGGAGGAGACGGGCUCUGCUCGCCUUGCGCCCUCCCCGGACGAGCUCAGCCUCCCUUUCAACGAGGAUGGGAAGAUCGUCCAGAACCUCACUCGGCGGAUCCAGACCAAAAUCAAAGACCUCCUGCAGCAGAUGGAAGAAGGGCUGAAGACGGCCGACCCGCACGAUUGCUCCGCCUACACCGGCUGGACAGGCAUAGCCCUCUUGUACCUGCAGCUGCACCGGGUCACGAGUGACCAGACCUACCUGCUCCGGUCCCUGGACUACGUGAAGAGGACGCUUCGGAACCUGAAUGGCCGCAGGGUCACCUUCCUCUGUGGGGACGCCGGGCCGCUCGCCGUGGGGGCCGUGGUCUACCACAGACUCAAAAGCGACGCCGAGUCCCGGGAAUGCAUCACCAAACUCUUGCAGCUCCAGAGAACCGUCGUGGGCCGGGACUCGGACCUUCCUGAUGAGCUGCUCUACGGCCGGGCCGGGUACCUGUACGCCUUACUCUACCUGAACACGGAGAUCGGGCUGGGCGCCGUGAGCGAGUCGGCGAUUAAAGAGGUGGUCACCGCUAUAGUGGAGUCGGGCAAGGCCCUGUCCCGGGAGGAGAGGAAGACGGAGCGCUGUCCCCUGCUGUACCAGUGGCACCGGAAGCAGUAUGUCGGCGCAGCGCACGGCGUGGCGGGGAUUUACUACAUGCUCAUGCAGCCAGCAGCAAGAGUGGAGCAGGAAACCCUGGCGGAAAUGGUGAAGCCCAGCGUCGACUACGUGCGCCACAAGCGGUUCCGCUCCGGGAACUACCCGUCGUCGCUGAGCAACGAGACCGACCGGCUGGUGCACUGGUGCCACGGGGCCCCGGGCGUCGUGCACAUGCUGAUGCAGGCCCACAAGGUUUUUAAGGAGGAGAAGUACCUGAAGGACGCCAUGGAGUGCAGCGACGUGAUCUGGCAGCGCGGCCUGCUGCGGAAGGGCUACGGGAUCUGCCACGGCACCGCCGGGAACGGCUACUCCUUCCUCUCCCUGUACCGCCUCACCCAGGACAAGAAGUACCUCUACCGGGCGUGCAAGUUUGCAGAGUGGUGUCUCGAGUACGGAGCCCACGGGUGCCGCAUCCCCGACAGACCCUACUCGCUCUUCGAAGGCAUGGCCGGCGCCAUCCACUUCCUCUCCGACGUCCUGGAACCGGAGACCGCGCGGUUUCCGGCGUUUGAACUUGCGUCUUCACAGCAGGAGAAAAAGGAGUAGAGAGACCGAGAGACCCGUCUGGACCAGAAGCCAGCAGACCGCUGGGCUCGGUGCCGGACGGAGAACCGACUCCGCGUCCCAAGAGAGGGACGGGGGGAGCAGCCCCUCGCGGCCCCCGAGCCAGAGCCCGAGUGACAGCGGCCUACCCCCCUCCCCCCUCCCCCCACCGCGGCUGUCACGGAGCCCCUGGCCGGUGUGGAACACGAACCCUCACCCAGCUCUCCGCCGAGUUGCAUGUCUCCUGGUGUGUGUCGUCCUCGGGUGCGAGCCGUGCUCAACAGGACGCCCUGUGCGCCCCCGGCGGGGCUGACCGCUCGCAGCCCCUCUCUGUACAUAACCUCCACGGGGGCUGUCGCCGCAUCCGCGAGGCAGGCGGGCCGCGGUCAGACAGUCUGUGGGGCGAUGCCCGUGACCACAGUGUUCACAUGCGGUGGGCCCUGGUCGGGUCAGAGCGGGAGGGAUUGGCUGGACCGGCUGGAGGGCCCAGCCCGCCCGGGGCGGUGGACCGCCUCUGCUUCGUGCGCUCGCCCGGUACUUGAAGUAGCCAGCGGGGUGCACUGCAGCCCCCCGGGGCUCCCACCCGCCCUCGCAGAGGGCGCAGGCCGUGUGUGCGGCUUGCCAGAGGCCCCUCGGGCACAGGGGGUGGUGCCGGGGGGGGGGGUGGUGGGACUCGGAGCGGCGACCCCGUGGCGGCGGUUCAGACUCGCGCGUUGUUACCGAAGCAGACGGCCCCUCCCCCUCCUAAACGUUGUCUCAAGUGUUGUCUCAAGUCCAGUGAAUAAAGUUCCAGGAGGGUGACAAGCA